AUGUAUUCGAGAUUUCAAACUCCGGGUGGAGAUCCUUCUGAUAAUGAAUCGGCUCCAAACUUUUUGUUUGGCAACCGAAAUGCUCAGAAGAGGAAGAGUUUAGCUUUGCAGAACCGAGUUAAUGGUAGGGUUUUCUAAAUUUUGUUGAACUUUAGGUAUAAUUUGUUGAAAACUACUAUGGUUUACGUACUUUACUAAAAACUUAUGCUUUUAAUUAAUGGAAUAUAGACUUUCAAAGCCAUUUUAUUAAUGAUUAGCUGUUUUUUACAUAUUUGAGGAAAAAUUGAGGUUAUAAUAUUGCAGUAUCAUCAAAAACUUUUGAAUAACAUGGUUUUUGCUGCAAUUUUUGUAAACGUUAGGUAACGGCUUGGCAACGUUUCUGAUCUUAAAACACUGUUUCUUCUAGCUAAUAAAUUUAAAACUUGUAAAGGAAAUUGUGUUUUCUUAAAUUAUAACAAAGAAUAUUGUUUUAGCCAACAAGAGUGUUCAUUGGAGCCCAAACUUGGUGAGAGCACAAGAACAAGCUCAAGAAGCGGCUACAACUCAUAAUGCUGCCCCAUCUCUUCAUCGUCGAGCUACGAUUGCUAGUGCUCAUACUUGGAGUGCUCCACAAGCAUCAAUGGUCAAAGGUCCUCCAUUGAGGUCAAUGUUAAACACCGAACCUCCAGCUAAAAUGCAACGUGUGGAUCAGAAAACCGAAUUUAAAGAAGCCUUCGAGUUUAAAGGAGCUUCAGAAGAUCCUGCCGAUUAUUGGGUGACUGUGUUUGGCUUUGAUCAGGAGCACAAGGACAUGAUAUUACCUUUGUUUUCUCGGCACGGGUCAAUAGCUAGCCAUAAAGUAAGGUUAACUUUUUUUGUGGUUUUGAGGCAGAAAUUGAUGGUUAAAUUGAUUUACAUUAACGGUUAUUGGGUUUUUAUAAUGUUAAGGUUAUUUUAAACGUAAUAAUUACGAAAAUAUUUAGUUUCCGCCAAAAGGAAAUUGGCUUCACAUCAGAUACUCUUCAGUACAACAUGCUCAACAGGCUUUGCAAAGAAAUGGUUUUGUAUUGGACCACAGUAUUAAAAUUGGUGUUGAAAGGUGCAAAGAUAAGGUAAGGAACCUAUUUACAAUACUUUUGUUUUUUAGGUAGAAUUGAGGGUUGUUAAAGUCACAUUUAUGUGAUAUAUUUUCUUUGAAGGUAAUGCAAUAUAAUUUUUAGGAAGUCCUGGCCGAUGAAUCCAUGACCCCAUGGAAUGCAAGUACCACAGCACCAGACGUCGCAUUUGAAGGACCAGUGAAUGAUACGUUAAAUUCUAGCCGAUUUUCAUUGAAUCAGUCCAUUAAUUCGACUGUAAAGUAGGUUUUAGCUAAUGCUCAUUAUGUUGCUCUCUCAAGGCGCAUGAUUAGUUGAGAAAAAUUUUUGGUAUUAAGGGACACAGAAUUAUUUAAACAAUAUAAUAUUUUAUUGAAAAAAUAGUGAGAUGUAUAUUAUUUUAUUUCUUUUCAAUUUCAGCCGUUCUCGUCUAUCCACAUGGUCACGAAAUGGGCUGAGAAGAGCAGCAUACGAUCCUGAUACUAGUGUAAGUUUAAUUACCUUAAAAUCAUGCUUUUAUUUUAUUUUUAAGUUGAUUUUUAGCCAAAACACUCUUUUUCGUAUACUUUUUGAGGUUUUUAGGGUUUUAAUACCUAAAAUACUGUAUUUUGUGUUAUUUAUAAGCCAUUAAAGCUUUUUUCUCAGCCGCAAUGCUUAUAUGUUAUGUUAUUAAGGUGUGUGUUUUAUGACUAACUUUCUCUGUAUUUUCAGUUCAACACGGCCCGUAAAGAAGAAGGCUUCCUUAACAAACUGUGGAGUUUCGUCGCUCCUCAAUAA